AUGCAAAAUCCUCAAAAUAUUGAAAAUAAAGUUUUUGAAGAUGUUGUGAAAGAUUUUGAUGAAAAUGAAAUUUUUGAAGAAAUAACUGGAAAAUUUACAUGGGAACAAGAUGUUGAAAGAUCAUGGAAUUUACUAGUAGAAAAUAAUGGUGUUUUACAACAUGUUAGCCAAGAAAAAUCCGAAAAUAAGAAUAAACAAAAAUAUAAAAAGAAUCAAGUAUGCUCUUUAAGAAAAGGAAUAUUCAGGCACAUAAUCAUAUUAUUUGAUAUGUCUAGUAGUAUGAAAGAAAGGGAUUUUAAACCAGAUAGAAUAAAUGUUGUCUUAGAAAGUGUAGAAAUGUUUUUAAAAAAUUUUUUCUUCAAAAACCCAGUUGGCCAUGUGGGCGUAGUUGCAUUAAAAAAUAGUUCAGCAAAAUUAAUCCAACCUCUAACAUCAAAUAUUGAUGACAUUCUAAAUUCAUUAUUAAAAGAAAGAAGUGUAGGUUUGCAAGGUUCUCCGUCUUUGCAGGAAGGGUUAGAAAUAUCCCAUGAUUUAUUAAUUGAUAUGCCUUUGUAUGGAACUAAGGAAAUAUUAAUAGUUUAUGGAUCGAUAAGAACAUGUGAUAAAAAGAAUAUUUUAAAAGUAUUAGAAUUAUUAGUAAAAAGCAAUAUUUAUGUAAACUGUAUUUCAAUUGCUCCUGAAAUGCAUAUUUUAAAACAUAUAUGCGAAAAAACAAAUGGAAUAUAUAAAAUAUGUGCUGAUAAAAAUUCUUUAAUAAAUGAAAUAAAUAAUUUCGCAGAAACUCCUCUAUGGAUGAAUGGUAUGGAACCUCAAUUAAUUCAUAUAUGUUUUCCAAUAAAAAAAAAAAUUAGUACACAAAUAAUGUGCUCUUGCCAUAAUAAUUUAAAUACUGAUACUUAUAUAUGCAAUUUUUGCAAUAGCUAUACAUGUAAAAUACCUUCAAAGUGUAAAGUAUGUGGAAUUCAUUUAAUUUCUAUGCAUGAUCUUUCUCAUAUUACUAAUAAUCUUCAAGGAUCUCCCUUAUUUAUUGAAAUAAGUAACGAAAAUAAACAAUAUAAUUUAUGUUCAUCCUGUAAUCAACAACUUGAUGACAAAGUAUCACAAUGUACUAAAUGCAAAAAUGCAUUUUGUAUUGAUUGUGAUAUUUUUAUUCAUGAAGAUUUAAAUCAAUGUCCUUUUUGUUUAAUAAAUGAUAUUUAA